UCGUUGUUUUUUAUGCUAAAGUUUUGGUUUUUUUUUUUCCAGAUUUUUGUAGCAAGUUUUUUUUCACAAGCUUAAAUCCUUCAAUUUCAAGUUUUGUUUGUAAAAUUUUGGAUUAAAUUGAAGAACCUAGUUGAUCUUAAGAAGCAAUCAGCUGUUAGUUUUAAGAAUCAAUUCGUUUCCUUCUUGAACAAAUACAAGGACGUUGUUGGAUUCGGAGAAAUAAUGGAUUUUAAAGGUAUAAAGUGGGUUGGGAAUGUCUACCAGAAGUUUGAAGCAAUGUGCUUAGAGGUUGAAGAAAUCAUUGUGCAGGACACAGCGAAAUACGUUGAGAACCAAGUUCAUACGGUUGGUAACAGUGUCAAGAAAUUCUGUUCUGAUGUGGUUCAAGACUUGCUUCCGGAUGAUGACUCUGUAGGUUCAGGAAAACCUUUACCCGUUUCUAUGCUGAAUGAAUACGCUCCUGUUUGUUCCUUCAAAAAGAAAAGAGAAAGCGCGAACCGAAAAACCAGAGAUGUGAAGCAAGAGGAAGAGGUAACUGAGGGGAAGAAAGAUGGAUGUGCAAUGAAUUUGCGUGGUCUCGAUGCAGAUGAUUACGAUAUAUGUACAUCUCCGAGGCAGUAUAGUUAUGGAGGUCCAUAUAGAAGAGGAAGAGUCGGCCGCAAACAGAUCUUUAAAAAAGAGGAGCUUUCCCAAAUCACCAGGCCUUAUAUCCAGAAAGACUCGAGUAAUUUAACAAUGGUUCAUAGUGCUCGUGUCAAAGAUGAUGUUGGAACUGUGAACUCAAGUAGUUUAUCAAUGGCUCAUAGUGGUCGUGUCAAAGAUGAUGUUGGAACUGUAAACUCAAGUAGUUUAUCAAUGGUUCAUAGUGCUCGUAUCAAAGCAGAUGUAGAAACUGUUAAGUCAAGCGAUUCUCGCCCAGGUGAAAUAGAAAGACUCAUCUCUAAGAAGGAAUGUCAGAAAGACGAUAGAACUGACAAUCAACAUGGUCUGACAAUGGUUAAUUCUGUUAGAAGUAAAGAUUCAGAGAUUAGAACCGAGAUUGAACACAGUCUCACUGUUGUUAAUUCUGUUCGAAGUCAAGAUUCAGAGAUUCUACCAUCUGUUGCUACUAGCUUACUUACAGGAUCAUCUAAUGAAUUCAGAAAGGAAACCAAAGAGGAUUCGAUGGAAGCAAGUUCGAGUUCUGUCUCCGAGCAGAAGUCCGAGAUUCUCCAACAUCUUAGUGGAAGAUCAGUUGAGGAAAGCUGUAUACUUGUCGACAGAGACGAAUUCCAUUGUGUGUUUCCUGACAAGAUGGAGAAUGACAAACACAAACCUUACAAGAAGAUCAGAGACGCUAUAUCUUCAAGAAUGAAGCAAAACAGAGAAAAGGAAUACAAGCGUCUUGCGCGUCAAUGGUACGCAGAAGAUGUUGAGAAUGGGAGUGAAUGUGGCGAUGAUCCGAAACCAGAAGACGAAAACCGAUCAUCAGAAGAAUCUGAAUGGGAGCUUCUGUGAAAUGUUGAAUGGUACAGACUACAACAGAGAAUAUAGCUCUACUCUACUCUCCUCUACUCUCCCUCUCUUGUGUAUAUAAAAGAAUGUAUUAAGCAAAACAUAAGAAGCAGCUUAAAAAAGGCUUCUUCUGGCUCUGGUUACAUAAUUUAAUAAGGCCCUUAAAAAUUUAUACUUUUAUCAAAUUUUUAUUUGACGUCUAUUUAUAAAUUUCAAGUAAAAA